AUUCAUUUUGGUUGAUUCAGAGUGUGAUCAUGAGAGACUGUGUUGGUGGACGCCAAUACAUAGUGUUUCCAGGGAGAUAUCUCUACACUCAGAGACUGAAAGAUGCAAAUGUCGAUGACCAGAUUGUUCUCAACAAAGUGUUGCUUGUUGGAACAAAGACACACACUUACAUUGGCAAACCGGUUGUGACCAAUGCCACUGUACAUGCUGUAGUGGAAAAUCAGGGUCUGAAUGACAAAGUGGUAGUCUUCAAGUACAAGCCUAAGAAGAAAUACCGUAGAAAUAUUGGUCACCGACAGCCAAAUACGAGGAUUAGGAUUACAGGAAUCACGGGGUAUGAAGAGUAUCCAGCGGCGCCCAAUGUUGCGGUUUAAAUGUGUUGAGAAGUAUAGGAUCUUUGACACAAAAUGUUUCUUGAAUGUUAAAAUUUUCUGAUCUUCUCUAUGUAAUUUUGUAAGGACCAGAUCAUUUCAUUUCUUCUGAGAUCCCUUUUAUUAAUAUGUACCUGCUUUUGCCAUUCUUUGAUCACAAAUUCUAAGUUAGUGUAAGAAAAACUUCAUCAUUGC